AUGAUCUACCAAUUUACUGCUCUCACGGCGGCUGCCCUUGCUUCGUUUGCUUCUGCUGCUCCAGUAGAACCCCGCGUUCAAAGUUGUGUCUCGGGGCUUUACAUGAUCGUCGCUCGCGGAACAUACGAGGCUCGGGGACAAGGCAAGACAGGCGAGGUCGCCAAGUUGGUUGCUGCCCAAGUCCCUGGCUCGGUCAGCGUGGCUGUCGAUUACCCCGCCAGUGCCUUUGGGGGUGGCCCGAUUUACCCAGAGUCCGUGACCGAAGGCAUCAUCGACACCAAGCAAAAGAUCCAGGACUACGUGGAUAGCUGCGGCGACAAGAGUCGCAUCGUAUUGAUGGGCUUCAGCCAGGGAGCCAAUGUCAUCACGGAUACGCUAGCUGGCGGUAUCCUAAAGCCGUCUCCGCUGAGCGCGGAGUACGGCAAGUACAUCGUCGCCGUUACUGUCUUCGGAGACCCAGCCUUCGCCGCUGGCCAGAGCUACGACUAUGGAAGUAACGCAGAUGGGCCGGAUGAGGGCAUCUUCACGCGCUUAGACAACAAGAGCAGCAUGCAACUCUUGAGCAACUAUUCCAAUGUCCUCGCCAGCUACUGCGACCAAGGCGAUAGAUACUGCGCAAGUGGCGAAAGCUCAACUGUGCAUGGUGCUGUAGUUGCCAGGCAUGCCGAGGAGGCGGCAGACUUCAUUGUUUCACGUGCUUCAUGA